AUGCUUGCGCCUAAGCCCCCGACCAAGUUGGAGGGCCACUGCUCCGUGAUUCACGACAACACUCUCUACACACUUUCAACCAAUGGAUUCGCCUCAAUUCCGCUCGAACGAAAUGCAACAUGGUCUGAACUGAACACGGACGGCGCCGAGCUAGUCUCGGAUGCCGUAUGUGUUAUGGGUGGUGUUGAUGGCAACGAAAACAAAACGGCUCUCUACGUGGUUGGUGGAACCUCAUCAAAGUCAGAUCUGCCAGGAAUCCAGCGGUACUCGCUUGAGGAUAAGACAUGGAAAGCGAUUACUGUGCAAAACGCGCUGCUCUCUAACCGGACAGGUCACAGCGCUGUGUAUCUGAAAUCCAUCUCAACUAUCUUGACAUAUGGCGGCAGCACCACUGAUGGAUCUCAGCCGUCUUCCGAAAAUUUCAAUGUGCUUGUGAAACCGACAUACAGACUUGACUCUGGUACUGGAUAUGCGACGCCUGCAGUUUCACCACCACUUUUGACCUGGAGCGAUGAUACGGCUGUGUUGUUUGGAGGUAAAGAUGAACCAGAGCAGCCGCAUUUCUGGAACUCGACUGAGCACUGGCACAAUGAUGGGUACGACUCCUUGAACAUGACUUUUCCUACUGGGGUGAAGGCCGCCCUUUUCCAAGACUCGGAUGGUAGCAGAAUCUUGCGGACUUUCGACCUGAACCAAUCACCAGUCGAGGUUUCGAAUACCUCAAAGAGCUUAGUACCAUCAUCGGCUCAAUCCUCCAGGAAGCGGAAAAGAGACGAUAGCUCGAACUAUGAUGAUAGCUUGGCACCUACUGUAAGCCAAACAAGUUACUCGUUUGCUCAGGGUGGUCUGGACAGCCCGUUGGUAGUAAUUUCUGGCGGCAGUGGUACCGACACUCUGUCCAUCUUUAACCAAACCUCGAACGACUGGGUCAAUACGACCAAGCUAUUCUACGGUGACAAGUCUGAACAAGAGAUUCUUGGAUCAACAACAACCACAACGUCAUCACCCACGGCCACUUCGACAGAGGCAUCUGCAACGAGUGGCUCCGACUCGUCAAGCGACGACUCGGGUGCUGACGUUGGUACAAUCCUUGGUGCAGUUCUGGGGAGUCUCAUGGGCGUUGCCGUCAUUCUGGUUCUCAUAUUGUUCUAUAUCAAGAGGAAGAAGGAGAAGGCGCGCCAGGCGGGUGGUAUGGACAAGGACCGGCUAAGCUUCCAGGACCAGGGCGUAGAACCUCUGGCCCGCUCAGCUUACCCUAUGGCGGAAAGUCCAGCCCCGAAAGCAGCUGCUUCCGUGGAUUCGCUAGCAAUCUUCUCAGGAAACCUGGGUGAUGAAAAAUCUCCUCGGUCCGCUGGCUCCCUACCGCAAUACUUGCAGAACACCCAACCCGCAAAGCCUAGCCCGCUCAACAAUAUCCAGUCCAGUGGUGAUAGUGUCUACAGUCUAGAUGAUAAGGCCAUCGAAGCUGGUCAAUCGCCGGUGCGUCGCACGACUGAUGAAGGCUGGGGCAAGUACUUCCAGGGCAACAACACACCGACCUUGAGCACACCGACCUUGAGUACGCCGACCCUGGUUGGCGUUCAGUCUCCAUACGACUCAACGCGCGGCUCCAAAGCUACAAUAUGGCCGGGAGCCAACAACGCCCUCCCGCCUCUGCAGACGAGUUUCCUACAGGAGCCGACCCCGCUAGGACGAGUCAACAGCGGUAGUCCCACGACCGAAAUCGGCCGUCAGAUCGUAAUCCCCGAGAGUCAGUCAGCACGCAUCUCCAGCGCUAGUUCUGCGAGCUUCAACUCAGACGACGGGGAUUAUCACGGCGCGCGCGAACAAAGCUGGCUCGGCCGUCCCCCAAGCAGCACUUACAGCAGGAGCUUCUACAACCCAGGCAGCACGCGGGACGCUCUCUCAGUGGCACCGUCCACUUUGGCGCCGUCAGUAGACUACAGAGGGCAAGACUCACAUCGCACGAACACGCGAGGAUCGAGCAUCCUAAUUCCGGAUGGCCAGCCGCUGCCGAGGAACAACGUCAACUCGGAUAUGAGCUGGCUGAACCUCAAUGCCGACCGAUAA